GACCUUGGCCGACUCCAAACUGGAAUCUUGGCGAUAACUUCGUCAUUCUUCUGUUAUCAAUCUGAACAGUCAUCAAUGCUUCCCAUUGCCAAACCAAAUGACAGAAUCUCCAGCACUAGACACGCCACUUUACUCUCAGACACUGGAUCCGUCGCACCCGUACUUGAGCCUCAUUUAAUCAAGGGACAACCAGGGUUCUCAUUCGCCCUCGCGGCGAUAUAAGGGAGCAUGCGCUCGCAGCACCACUGCUUCGUCAACGUCCCAAUACCCCGCCAUAUUCCUCACCAAGCUGUUCUCGACUACGUACAGACAUACGAACCUGUCCUACGCCACAAUCCUGGCAUGAGAUCUUGGGAAAAGUCAGAUCUAGAUUAUGAAAUUGUCGCCAAUGACCGCUUCUUCGACUCAUCAGAUCCAGGACAAAGUCUAUGUUGUUACCAAGCUUAUGAGGUAAUGAGACUUGGACCGGGAGUUCAGAGGGAUUUAAAAUGGCCGAUUAUCUUCCAGAGAGUGCCGAAUGGAAUUGUAUCGAGGGUUGAUGCGCCCGCGGGGGUAAUUAGCUGGACGCAAUGGUAUGUUAGGCCAAGGCCGAGUGAAGCAUCAGGGGAAUCUGUUAGUACGCCGAGUACGGCGACGCCAUCUAGUCCUGGGGAUGAGGCUUGGGAGUUGUAUGGGAUUGUGACGAUUGAGGCUCAUAGAAUGUUGAUGCCGUGGUGUGCUACCAAGUCGGAGAGUUAUCAGGUUGCAAUUGGGCAAGGGAUGGUGAAUGAUGCAUGCUCAAAGUUUAGUUCUGGAGAGAUUUCAUGACAAUACGAGAUACGCUAUCAGUUAUGACAUAAAUACAUCUCCUAGACCAU